AUGAGUUUAGACAACAUUCAUGAAGAAUUGAGAAUUGCUGAAGAACAGCUUCGACAGCGGCAGCAGGCUCAGCAAGGGGAAAUGGAACAAAUGGAGCUCCGACGAGCACAAUACAUCAAUCAAAUAAUCAACGCAAACAAGGUCCCUGACAACAUCAAGUUGUUGCCAGAAUUUGAUGGCGAUUCAAAGAAGCUUAAAGAAUGGAUUGACCAGGUGGAUGACAUGACAUCGUUGAGGGUUUUCGAGCCUUUCAUCAGGAACCUUUUUGGCGAGACUGGCUUCGAAAAAUCAGGAAUAAAAUUAUCGGCAAAGCAAGUGACGCGCUUAAUCAGAAUAACACGGCGAACAACUGGGAUGAUAUUCGUGAAACAUUGA